CCUCAAUUAUUAAGAGUUUUAAUGAUAUUUGUAAGAAGUCAAGGAGAAGAAAAUCCUCAACCUGCACUAUGGGGAUAUUAUAUUGCUGUGAUGAUGUUUUUUACUGCAAUUUUACAAACCAUGUUUUUGCAUCAAUAUUUUCAACUUUGUUUUGUUACUGGAAUGAGGACACGAGCUGGUCUUGUAACAGCAAUAUAUAAAAAAUCUUUACUCCUAUCUAACAGUGGUCGACAAAGUUCAACGGUUGGGGAGAUUGUUAAUC